AUGUCUUCGGAUGGUAUGAACGUUGAUGAUGAUGUGGAUCAACGCACCGAAAGUGAAAUUGAAUCGCGCGAUUUGAUCUAUCAGUCUCUAGAACGUGAUGGUUCGAUAAUGCGUUUUAAAGCUCAAUUACGUGCUGCUAUCUUUAAAAUAGUCGAAAAAGCGUCGAACUCAUCCGAUGAAACGCCUAGAUCCAAACAUGAAGAUAACAUAAGUCGCGUUUGCAAUGGAAUUCUUGUUGACUGGUUAGAAUACUCACGAUUAUUUUACACACAAGAUGUAUUCAAAGCCGAAACAUCCGACCCGAAUUACCUUCCACCAUUGACACACGGUGAACUGUUAGAAGAAUUGCAUCUAGACGCAAACGAAAAUCAAUCGCAACCAAUUUUAUAUGCAUUACUCAGUCGUAACAAUAAUGAAAUUAGGAGUGCUCUUCCGGAUCAUAUCAAACAAUCAAUUGAGAAGAAAUUUCCAGGUGACGUUAUCAACGAAAUUAAUCAUGUCCGGGAACAUUUUCGUUCAUUAUUUUCACCACCAUUUGAUGCCAAGGUUCUUGACGCUUUUCUCGACAAGCAUUUGCCGUUCUCAUUAACAUCUGUGAAAAAGAUCAACUACGAACACAUUUGCUUGACGUGGAUGCAAGCCUGUGCUCAAAUACUAGUUUCAAAGCCAAGCUUUAGAAAACAAAUAUCACUUGAUACACAAGCGCGACCAUUAUCUAUUCGUAAUGGCAUGAAUAGUGAUCAAACAAUAGCUCGUGCUCGUCGGGCGACAUUUCCACUAUCGGUAUCAUACGCAGAAAACCCAUGA